UAAAUCACCGCUUGGCCGCAGGCGCCCACUCUCCCUCCAGUGCCCAGUCCAGUCCAGUCCAUCCAUGAUCCCUCUGGAGGCCCAUCCCUUGCCUUACCAAUACCACCUCCAUGGCAGAAAGGGAGGGAGGCAGGGAGGGAUGGAAAAGGAGAGAGGGGGACGUGGGCCCUUGGAGUCUCUCCUUUCCUUCCAACUGCAACAGCGUAGAGCAGCUGAGCAGCUAAUUAUUCUCGCGAACUCUGAUAAUGAUUCUGACAACUUCAAAUGACUGCAGAAAGGCUUGGCCGGGUUGGACAAUUCGAGCAAUUUGGUCGGCCUGAAGGCUGGGCUUGGACCGGGGCUGGACUGGGCUGGACUGGACUGGACUGGAAUUUGAGACAAAUUGUGGACAUUCGUAUCAGAUGAUGUAUGCCUCUGUGAGCGCGCAUUUGUCAGGAGAGAGCAGCAGCAGCAGCAGCACUACUAGCACUAGCACUUAUUGCUGCAGCUCCGGCAUCUUGCUUCGGUUGCUACGUUGAAAAGUUGGCUCAAAGUCUUAAAGUCAUUCGGCUUGAUUCGAAUGCCGAGGAAUGCUCUCUCUCCCUCACUCAACCACCUAUUGCUAGGAGGAGGCAGGCAGGCAGGCUGGUAUGGUUGGUAUGGUAGGGAGGCACUGCAGUUUGUAGGUGCCUCGUCUGUCAGACAGAAUCAAAUACCGGUUUCGUAGAGCGAGCGAACGCAAUUGAGCGCAACUGGAUUCGCAGUACGCCGCGGUCGUAGCGUAGCGGCUGUUGUAUUGGGCCGCCUGGCUGCCUAGAUUGGUUGCGUGUUGCCGUCAAUUGUAGCUCGGUAAGUGCUGUGGGAAUCCUUGAGACAUCUUUUUGUUGGACACUACAAAAUCGGUGUUUUCUGCUCCCUCUUCGUUGCAGACCAUCUUGCCAAGAGCAGCAGCGGCGCAAAAGCUGGUCUUGAAAAUUCGACGAAUUGUGAAGCUGAAGGUCUCAUGAUCCUCCUCGCGACGAAGGUGUCGAAAUCUUCGAACUCAGACCGACUGGAAAUGGCGCACGCGUACGUGUUUGUUCUUCUCGUGAUAGUCGCCUCGACAUGCUUACAAGAAGUUCAUGCUGGAGACAUCAUCACCACGGAUGUUGUAAUCAUUGGAGCUGGAGCGGCAGGCAUCACUGCUGGCAAGACGCUGACUGAAGGAGGAAUCACCGACCUUGUGAUCCUGGAAGCCACCGGAAAAGUAGGGGGAAGAAUUCGAAAUGCGGACUUCGCUGGAGUUAAGGUCGAACUGGGUGCCAACUGGAUCGAGGGAGUCAACGGGCAGAAGGAGAAUCCGGUUUAUAGACUGGCGAGUGAAGUGAACCUCAAAUUUUCCUACUCUUUUUAUGACAAUUGCACGGAGAAUAUUUACGAUCAUACAGGUUAUCUUGAUCCUGAAGUCGUGGCGCCCGCGGUGGAGCUUGCAGAACAGUCAUUUGAUUUCGUGGUAGCUCUUGGAACCAAUUUCACCGAAGAGAAUGUGGAAGAUAUUUCCAUAUUAACCGCACAGCGUUUCUUUGGACAUGUGCCAUCAACUCCAGUCGAGAUGGUGAUUGAUUCGUUCAACUAUGAUUUCACUUGUGCAGAACCACCAAGAGUUACGAGCCUCAAGAACAGUGAACCAUUGCCCACAGACAGCAUACUGGGCCCGGAUAGCUUCUUUGUGGCAGAUCCAAGAGGAUAUGCUACAGUUCUUGAACCUCUCGCUCAAUAUCUCAACAGCGCAAAUGGUCUAUGGACAGAUCCUCGCCUCAAACUCAACACGGUUGUGACCAAGAUUGAAUAUUCCACAGAGGGCGUGACGGUAUACACGGAGGAUGGUACAAUAUACAAGGCGAAGGCAGCGAUACUGACCGUUAGCAUCGGUGUUCUUCAAAGUGAUCUGAUUGACUUUUCUCCUGAUUUGCCUUUUUGGAAACUCUCCGCUAUCUACCAAUUCAAUAUGGCAAUAUAUACGAAGAUUUUUCUCAAGUUUCCGAGAACAUUCUGGCCCACUGGACCUGGUACCGAGUACAUCCUCUAUGCUGAUGAGAUGCGAGGCUAUUUUCCAUUCUGGCAGCAUUUGGACAAUGAAUUCCCCGGUGAGAAUCUCAUCUUCACCACUGUCACGGAUGAUGAGUCACGGAGAAUCGAACAGAUGCCCGAGAACGAAACCCUCGCAGAGAUCAUGGUCGUUUUAAGGAAGAUGUUUGGGCAGGACAUUCCAAAUGCUACAGAUAUUCUAUAUCCCAGAUGGUGGCAAGAUAAGUUCUUCCGUGGUACCUUCUCCAACUGGCCCAUCGGUGUUAGCAGCUACGAGUACAAGCAGCUGCAGGCACCUGUUGGACGUCUAUACUUCAGUGGGGAACACUGCAGUGAGCAGUACAAUGGAUAUGUACAUGGAGCAAUAUUUGCAGGCGAUGAGACGGCCCACGAGGUUCUGAAAUGUCUUCAAGAAAAUGAUUGCAACACGAUCAUACCCAGAGGUUUGAAGCCAGCCAAAGAGGUGUGCCGGGCUGCCAUCCAUCAUACACAAGACUUCUGGUCAAAGAAGGUGACAGGCUUGAAGCAAGCACUCCACAACAGAUGCAGCGCAUGCGAGAGCUAGACACUUUUCUGUCUGUGUGGUCGAGAGCCCCAAUGUAAAUAGCUUGAGAUCUCAACACAUUCAGCAUUGGCUUCAUACAAUACUCGUCUUUCAGUUGGCUACCUCCGAUCGCUGCCGGAGGGAUACAUCCCAUGAAUCGUAUGUGGAAAUACGAUGCCACUGCUUUCUACGUCUAAAUUGCUUCAAAUGGUUGUUCCUGACUUAUCCUGGUGGCAGAGGUUGGGAUAUAUUAUCUAGGUACUUCCCUUUUAUCUUGGGCUAGGCCACUCUUGUAUAUUCCGUGUAGUUCCACUGUAAUGUCAAUAAAAUGUUUCCCACCGUUCAGUGGAGAAUUUAGAUCAAAUGAUUGAUUAUAU